GGAAGCGGAAUUGAAGUUUGUUGUAGUAACGGGUGGUUUGUUUCCUUUUAGUUCUUGUUUCUUGUUCUUUUUCACACUUUGCUCGUUUUGUUUUGAAUAGUUUUUAUUUCCCCUUCCUCACUUCCUGUUUCCGCUCGGACUCCCACUGCGCUAAUACCUGUGCGCUGCGAGGCGGGAAGUUUGAAGGAGGCUAACACGGUUCAGAUGAAACAUGCUCCGGACCAGUCCUCCUGCUGCUCGGACACCGGAGUUCUGAUCCGCUCCACCGGUACCCCCCUCCCGGACCUGGACUGGAGCCGUGAAGCUGGACCGGGACCCGGAGCGGUCCAGAUAAACGUCCAGAAGAUGUUGAAGACCCGACAGAGCCCCGACACAGGUCACGACCUCCUGACGUCACGUUUCGCCCCUGGAUGUCGAGGAAUCGUACUCGCAGCUCUGAAACAACGGCGGGAGUUCCAUCACCAAGCUGCUCCCAGCGUCACCUCAUCAAUGCAGCUACGCAAAGAGACCCACUCCCAGUCUCCUGCCGGUCCCAGUCGAGAGGCAGCGAGUGAGGCCCACGAGGUGAUGAGGGAGAUGCUGCUGGCGCAGCCACAAGACUCUGUGAAGACCACCAGGCCUCCAGCGGACCAACACAAGUCUCAGCAGAACCUGCUCCAUUCCCAACAAAUCCAGGACCAGCAGUCCCAGUCCCAACGACCUCAGCACCAACAACACAGCUCCCACACCCAACCAAUGCAGUCCCAACAACCCUACUCUGAUCAAACCAAGUCUCAACCAAACCACUUCCAGUCACAACAAUCCAGGUUCAAACCAAACCAGUCUCAGUCCAGAAAAGUCCUGUCCCAUCAAAUCAAGCCCCAACAAAACCAGAGCCAGUUCCAUUCCCAGUCUGUGAUGGUCCACAGAGGGCCUGUGGUACCAUCCAUGUUGGAGGAGGCGGGUGGGGUUCUGCGUCAGGUUCGGAGACAGAAGAAGGUUCUGGAGGAGAACCUGGAGGCUCUGCUGAGAGCCAAGAACGGAGAGGUCCUCCACUGCCAACUGGAGGCACUGGCUGCCAACAGAGACGGGACUCAGGCGGCUCGGAUCAAGAGGACGGUGGACGCCUGGAUCAGCACUUUGUCCAAAGACGUCCAGGCUGAGACGUCCUCAGAGAGGGAAGCCAGGAGCUCCGCCCCCUCAGGGAGGGGUAGGCCAAUCAGUGUGCUCAGACAGACAGGAAGUAAGGUAGCAGGGCCGAGAGGAGGCUCAGGACAGAAAGCUGGACACAGAACGGUGCAGGGGGCGGAGCCUGUCCCAGCUGGGCUGAUAGACCGAGCCCAGGUGGAGGGGGAGUCGUACCUGACCCGUCUGUACGGCAGAGCUCCACAUGAAGGUCUGAGACGAACCCUGAAGAAGAGUCCCUACCUCCGCUUCACCUCCCCGGGGUCACCACGCAACAGGAAGCCCCGCCCCCGCCUGGUGGAGAGCGUCAGAGGUGUGAAGGUAAAGUCUUGUAAGACUCAGACCAGUUUGACUCCUCCCCCCAGUCCAUCACCUGGACGACUGCAUCAUCACCUCAUCUUCAGCUCCUCCCACAUUAUGCCAGGUGACCCGGCUGACCCCGUUCCCAUGGCGAUCCCACUGGGUCGCCGCAGGAUGAACUCUUCCUCCAGGUGUGUCACUCAGCAUGCACAGGAAAUGACAUCACCACCCACCCCUCCCACCACAUUCACUGUGGCUGCAGCGGUCGGAGCACCUGAGCAACAAUCACAGAGGGAGGAGCAGCUGAAUGCUGGAGAAGCUCCGCCUCUUGCUCCAUCACAGGUUGUCAUCGAGACAAAGAGCGAGGAAGAGGAGGAAGAGGAGAAUGCCUUCCCUGGUGCUGACUUCCUGUCUGUGGCUGAUGUGCUCCAGGUUUCCUCUGCUGCCCCCCAGGAGGAGGAGGAGAGUGUGGUGGGUGAGGAGGCUGUGGAGCUGGAGGGGGGGCCGUCUCCUGCUCCGUUCACGUACCAGGGUCCAGCGUUCCCUCCUCAGGCCUGCUCGGCCCUCCCUGCCCAGGGUCCGGCCUCCACCCGGGACCCAGACCAGCAGAGAGACGCCCUGGAGGAGCGGCUGGUGGAGUGGGUGGAGCAGCAGCUGAUGUCCAGGAUGAUCUCAGAGAUGUACCGCCCCCCUCCCUCUGACCCAACCAACAACUUUUCCUCUGACCAAUCGGAGCGUGAGGAGCAGAGCUUCACCUCAGAUCUUGUGGAGGCGGUCGGAGGUGGAGGACUGCAGCUCUUUGUUGACUCCAACGUGUCGGUGGACCCGGCUCUGAUCAGGCAGCUGGUUAACGAGGUUCUGAUGGAGACUGUGGUGUCGAUGCUGGGAGAGAGGGAUCCACCGGACACAGGAUCAGAACCAGGACUGGAACCAACGACACCAGGACCAGCCGCACAUCAGGAGGACAACCGGGUUCCACUGGUUCCCACACCGGUACCGACCCCUCCACCCAGCCCGACCAUUACCAUCAACCGGACCACGCCCCCGACCACGCCCCCGACAUCUGAGCCAACCAGCCUGCUGAUUGAGGAGUGUCCUCAACCAAUCACAGCUGCAGAGCUCAUGGUCACGCCCACACCCACUCCUGACCCCUCCUCAUCAGCAGGAAGUCCACCUCCCCUUCAUCAAGCCACGCCCCCUCGGACCUGGCUAGAUGCUGAGCUGCCAUUGGACGAGGAGCGACCAAAGCAGCACCUGGAUACAGAGCAACAACCGCUAGUGAUGACAAUACAAGAGGAGGAGCCUCCUCUCUCCUCCCCCUCUGUGUCCUCGCCGUCUCCUCGUGGACCUGAGGCUGACCCUGGACCAGCGUCCCCCUCCAGCUCUGUGAGCAGAAGCUCUGCAGCAUUGAAACACAUCUCAGAGGGAGAGGUGGUCUUCAGCGUCAACCAGCUAACUACUACCACAGAGGAGGGGGCCGUCUGCAGUUUCUCCAGCUCUCUACAGGAGGUCCACGACAUGGACUAUGACCCCCCCAGUGAAGGCGAGGUCAGAGGUCACGGCCUCCUGCUGACCCUGCUGACCAAGAUGGAGCAGGGAGUCACACCUCGAGGAGAGAGACCAGAACCUGAGGGCUCCUGGGGGAGGCAGGACCAGGAUCAGGAGGAGGAGAUGAGCAUGGGAGAGGUGAUAGACCCUUGCACUACAAAUCCUCACAGGACUACAAAUCCCACGUCCUGCAGGAGCAGUGCGGCCGCCCGGGGGGGUCAGAGGUCAUCACCUGGAGAGAUGGCUCCGGGUUCAGCCGAACACGAGGAGGAGGAGGAGGAGGAGGAAGGAGGAACCAGGAGGAUGGAAGUUCAUCUGCUCUCAGUCACAGUGGAGGAGGUGAUGGAGGAGGUGGAGGAGGUCAGUGCAGCAACUGACACAGACUCCCCCACCAGUGAUGUUUUCUAGAAACACAAACAGAAUAUGAACACGACAACAUUUGUUCAGUUGAAUCAGCUCGAACCCCCGAUGGUUUCUCUGCUCUUUGACAUGUGACCAACACCUGUGACAGUUUCCUGAAGCUCACAAUGACUCACAUGUGUUCACCAUCACAAGAGACUCCAGAGAAGCUGGACCCAGUGGAUUCAUCUUGAAUCAGUGAAUCGAGUGUUUCAUACGGUGUCACCUCGUUUAUCAACUGAUCCUCACGGACGAUCAGUGAACAGACACGGAUCAGAUUCCUCACAUCCUGCUUUAAAAGAAAUAAAACCUUUAACCAACUUAACAUGUGACCUGAACUAAAACGUCCUGAUGUCCUUGUUUUAAAAGGUGAGUGGUGACGAGCAGGGGCGUGUCUACAUGGGCCUCAUCUCGUCUUUGCUGCUAUCUCCAUUUGUUACUGUGUCUAAAGGGACAUUUGUAUUAUUUAUACUCAACACUUAUAUAUUCACUAAUAAAAUGCUCUUUAUUUUGAUAAAAGUAGUUUUGAUUUCA